UAAUCGCGGCUCAGAGAUGACGACAACCCGACUGACGCGUCACACCUCGACGCUGAAUGCUCAAUCCAAGACGCGUCAAUCGACGUCAAGGCAACCCUGUUUCACAUUGAAGCGUCCGCUGAUCUUUCAGGUGCGCAAGUCCCUUGUGGAAUAUGUGGACGAGGAAUUGCUGAGGAUGAAUACAUCGGUGUUUUACCAACGCAUCUUUAUACUGGCCAAGAAUCUGGAUCCCUUGAGGGAGAGUGCCUUGUUGGCUCAGGCAGCUCGUGCCUCGGAUAAAAGAGUGAGCACGGGAACGGCUAAUUCCAAUCCGGAAUCGAGAAAUGCUGACAUAAUUUCCGGCGAGAAUGAGCAACAACAACAUUAUUCAGAGACAUCUACGCCGGAUAUUAAUCAAGGCAAGCCAGAAAAUCCGCCGGAAGAUGAUGGGGAACGUACGCCAUUGAGAUUUAUAGAUCCAAGUAAUGCUGGACAAGAGACGGUGACACGCACUUUCAACUUCAACUGGGAUGAUGAUGCCCCCGACGAGGCGGAGGCCGAGGAAGCUGAACCGGAGCCAGAGCCGGAGAAAGACGGUCCCAAGGACAUGUACACACUGCUCACGGAGAAACUCCAAGAGCUGCAGAAGAAGUGUCGUCAUUUAUCCUAUACGCCCGAUCCCAUGUGUGGUCUAUUGGUUUUCAUGAAUGAUUACACCAUGUUGAUGCUGGAGAGUGGCGAGGAUAUGAUGGGCAUCUUCUGCUCCGAACUCUUGGCCUGCAUCGAUGAGUUCUGGCAAUCGAAUCGCGUCUUUAUGGUUGAGGAUCACAUAACUGAUCUUUACACCAAGGAAUUGAUUUUCCGUCGCAUUCCCGCUGCCUUUCUCAACGAGAAGUUUCCUCCAUCCACACCAACUGAUGAGUAUCUGAUGGGCAAGCAGCAUUUGAUCAUCAAGGAGAAGAUGCAUACUAUAUGUGGGUUGGUUAGGGAGAGUCUGGAGCCUAGAGAGACUACGGAAAUGUCACUGGGUGGAUCAGUGAUUGGCCUAGAACCCCCCUCUGAGGCUGGCAUGGAGGGUAUCAACGAAGGCAGCGAAUUGGAGCGUCCCACUUCACACAUGUCCAUACCCAACAAACGCAUUUCGGCCAGGGUAUCUGCUAGUCUUGCUCCCGAAGUGUUUCGGCGUCUUCUACCCGAAAUGCAACGCAUUGAACUCGUUUUGGCCUCAACUCGAUUUUAUUACACACUCGCCGAGUUUGUUGAUCUCUAUGGAAAGGUGCCUUUUGGCCGCGACGACGAUGGCUUCUAUUGGCCCAUACAGAAUAACUAUACUCCGCCCAAUAUCUUCCUGCGCACUGGCUUCGACAUUAAUCUGACCUUUGCGGAUUAUGCCGACGACAUGAAUCGUCGCAUGCAGGAGGAAAUCCAGAAGCACAAGGAGGAAAUGGAGGCAGCGGCCGCCGCCGAGGCGAGUGCCGCCGAGCAGGCUCAGGGGCGGCACACGCAGCCACGCCCACACGCCUCACAUGCCGUCGAACCAGAAGAGGAAUAACGCACUUUUACCCCUCUUUUCUCUCAGUGUAGUAGCUUAUUAUUCAGCGAGGAAUCGUCUUUCUUCAUCCUUUCUUUUUAUUUCUUUUUAUUUUCAUUUCUUUUAGUGUAGCGUAUUAUUGUAGUUGUCUCUCAAAAUUCUGCCUCGUUUUUACUUCUCACUCUUUCUUUUAUUUUCUCUCAGUGUCGAGGCUCACUGCGUAUUAUCACCAUAAAUAGAUAAAUCUACCUGUAGUCUAAAUUUUCUGUAACUUCUUAUUUCUCUCUGUGUAGAAACUUGUUGUGGUCUUCUAAAAUUAUAAAACUUUUAACUCUAACUGCAUCUUCCAUAGAAGAGUCGUCUAUAUCCAAA